AUGCAAGGCAACUGUAUUUUACAGAAAGACAGCUUUGAUAUUGGGCUGCAUAAAGAUAUGAGGAAGAGCUCCUCCCCUUCUUUGAGUAACUGCAACUCUGUUCUCACUAACAAAAUAUUUGGAAUUCCACUCGAUGAACUCCAGCAGGAAGGACAGCCAGGCAGUGAAGUUCCAUUCAUAGUCCGCCAUGUUGUGGACUAUAUUGAGGAACAUGGUAUGUAUCAUCAUGCUGUGCCUUAACUACGGACUUAAAGUCUGGAACUAUCAGUAUUUUUCAUUUGUAAACUUGCUUUGAGUUUAUGAACUUAGAUUUCCAUCAUUAUACUUUAUGAAAGUGAACGGUAUCAUACCCUGUCCUGCAGCCCUGUUUGAUCCAUUUAGAAACACAUUUUCACUGACAUCAAAGUGCAUCUUGAGGUGGUGGCUGGUGCCAUCUCUUUUUAUCAGUUUUUGUUUGGAGGGACUCUAGAAACCUAUGAAGCUUCCUCAUAUUGGAUUGGUCCAUCUAGCCCAGGGGAUCCCAAUUGGUGUUUCUCAGACCCCAGGGAGUCCAGGUAACCGACCCAAAAGUAGGGGGGGGGCAUUGCUUGGCUUUUGAAAAACAGGGAGUCUGCAGUACUUAGCUAAUUUGGAAUUGCUGAUCUAGCCGAAUAUUGCCUGCACUGACAGGUAGUGGUUGUCCAGGGUUUCAGAUAGGGAAGAUUUCCUAGCCCUUCCUAGAGCUGCCAGGGAUUGAACCAAGUAUCUUUUGUAUGUGAAGCAUGUACUGCACCACUGAGCUACAGCCCUUCCCCCCAUUCAUAGGUCACACAAGAAAUGAGGUAAUAAUAAAGCACUGCAAAUAUAAUUAUAGACGCAAAUCUAGUUUUCCCAAGUGGUAUCUGAAAACUGGCCAAUCCAUAGGAAGCUGCUCACAUCUGUAAAUAAGACUUGAGGUACAGCCAGCAGAGUGAAGACAGACAUUGGUCUUCCCGCUUUGUUUCUCUAAACCAUCCUGUUACAUAUUUCCUGUCAGUUCUAUGCAGAUGCUUAUCUACCUGGGAGAGAUGACCCACUUGACUAAUUAUCUGUCAUUCCCUCCAAAGGGAGGGAUAGAGUCUUUAACAGCUGAGCUGCUCUUGCAGCUUGUGUCCCUCCUACCAUCAGGGUCUAGACUGGGUCCCCCAUACUACCAGGAAGCAGACCAUCCCCCUUACUUGUGAGUAGACCAGAAUGACUAUGCUGUAGUGAAUACGCUGGGAUUGGUCAGUUUUAGAGCCAAAGUGCUCUGAUUUAUUUUGUAUUCUGCUUUGACGUUCUUCCUGCCUUUUAUUUCUAAUAAUGUUUGCCACCUUCAGGAUUCUAGAAUCCCUAUGUGUCUAAACACUUGGAAUUUAUGCCACUGAAAGUUUAUGCUUUCAUGGAAUUUAUGCUACUGAAAGUUUAGGAUCAGAGUCCUAAGAGACAAGCAUGUUUUUCCAUCUGUGGGAGAGACUUUGGGAGAAUGAGCUGCCUUUACACUCUGAGGGAACUGCUUGUGAAAUACAAGGUGCAUUGGUUUCAGAGUUCCUGAGCCUUAGGAAGAUGAGGGUGUCUGACGGGGAAAUGAGCAAGCUGCUUUGAUCUCCAGAGUAAGAUAACACAGCUCAAAGUUAGCUCUGCUUGCCCCAUCAGGUUGUGAACAGGUCAGAUCAAGGAGUGCAGGGUGCACUGGCUCAGAGCCUCUGUAAAAGUAAUUGCUUUGGCACAGCCCAGAUCCCCCCCAUCUGGGCUGCAAGAAUGAAUGGGUGAGUGGUGAUAUCAACAACCAGAUAGUAAGACCCAACUGGCAGCACCACAGUUGUGCAGCUGUUGAGCUAGGAAAGGGCUUGAAAGGCUCUCCUGAGCAUUCCCCUUUCUCUGCACCGUAUGUGGAACUUCAUGAUAUUAUGGAAGUGAUUAAUCAAUUAAUAUGGGGGUUAUAGCUAUAUCAGAUAUCAUACAUCAAUAGUGUACUUGACUGGGAAGCAUUACAGUAAGUUUUAUUUUUAAAAAUAUUUUCUGUCUUUCACACAGGAUCACACUUAAUGCUGUAAGAUACGCACCUUUUGAAAUAAGCAGUUGUACUGAAUUUUGUAUUUUCAUUCUAACUUAAGGAGGUCUAGAGCAAGAAGGACUUUUUCAAGUCAAUGGAAAUGCAGAAACAGUGGAGUGGCUUCGGCAAAGAUACGACAAUGGAGAAGAUGUGGAUCUGGUUAAAGAAGCGGAUGUACCUUCAGCUAUUAGUCUUCUUAGAUUUUUUCUUCAAGCACUUCCAGAACCAGUUAUUCCUAGCACUCUACAUAUGCAUUUGAUACAACUUUCUCAAGGUAUUGGAAUUCUUUUAUUAAGGAUUGAAUAGCUUCAAGAAAUAAUCAUAUCAAAACUUUAGGGUGGCUGUGGGUUUCUUCUGUAUGAAACCCCACAUUUAUAUGAAGAUAAUUGGGAAAUUUGAUCUGGUUUGGAUGAACUUAGAAGCUACAUGUGGUCAGGGAGCAGAACCAGAUUACCAGCAUGCAUUUGUUCCGCCUCUGGCUUACCAGUUAAUCAAUGUGCAAACAGAAUAUUUGCUAUAGCAUGACGUAUAAUCCGUCAUCCAUAACUCUGAGUCAUGUAGUUGAUUUAUGGGUUUUAUGUAGGUUAACAGCCAUGUAGUUUGGUUCUGUGUGUGUUGAUUUUAAAUUCACUCAGUACACAAAAAUGUCAUGGCAGGUCUGGAGGCAAGAUGGAGAGGUUCAGCGAGUAUGAUUGGUACAUCGCUCUCUCCCUUGGUGCAUAGCUUCUGUGUUCAUUCAAACUGGGUCUUUGACAUUUACAAAAAUCCACCAAAUUUAUUAGAUAAAAUUAAAGAAAGGUUUAAGACGUUAAGAAAAAGACUGGAUAUCCAGGUUUGUCAUUCUAGAUUCUAUUUUGCCCAGGACAUAGAGUGGUUAUUGGAACACUCCAUCAGAACUACAGUUCAGCAAACGCAGUUCAUUCAUACUGCUAAUCUAAACUAUGACUUAACCACAAAUGCACAAAUGAACUAUCUGGGCUCCCAGAGAGAAGUUUGUGACUGCUUUGCUGCUCCUCUGGUCCUGCUGUUAUGAUCUAAGCCAUGGUUUGUCUUAGUGUUAUCCCUGAACCCAUGUUUGUGGUUUAUUCUCCCCCUGCCCCGAUAAAUCACAAGCAGUAAGCCAUAGAGCAAACCUUGACUACAGUUUGCGGCUUAUCUGGAUUGAGCUUGGUGUUGGAUGUAGUGUUAAGACAAAUCAUGGCUUGGCAUACAGCAUGAGCUGGACUUGAGAAGCAGAAAAUCCUCAUUGAUCUGUUCAAGAACCUGCUCAUUUUCACUAUGCCAUAGGUUUGUCUUACUGUGAACUGUGUCAAAGAAUAAUGCUGGAAUUUCACAAGGAAUAGGUGGCUAGCAGUGCAGGAAUGCCUAGGGGCUUACUGAAAUAUCAAAUCGAUUGGGAAAGGAAAAAGUACAAAACGAGGGAAAAUGUUCUCUUAAUAUGAAACUUGUAAGUGCUGAAUACUGCUUAAGUUUUGAACCUUUUAAAAAAACAAAAAUCUGAGCAUUUCCAAGGAAUCAAGUGGAACUUUUUAUCACAUUGGUUACACAUUUGUACUACUGAAGUUAAAUCUGUCUUGUUAAAUGUUGAAAGUCAUACUAGCAUUUAUUAACAAUACUUCUGUCACAUUUUACAGAUUUUAAUGAAGAUGAAUUUGGAAGAAAGUUGAGGUUUCUCUUGCAGCAGCUUCCGCCUCUUAAUUACAGUUUGUUAAAGUUUCUGUGUAGAUUUUUAGCUAAUGUAGCAACACAUCAUGAAGAGAUUUGGUCUGCAAGUUCUCUAGCUGCAGUUUUUGGUCCUGAUAUCUUUCAGUAAGUUAGAUAAUGUGAACAUGUUGGCUACUUUGACUGUGACUUUGCAGUAAACAUGCAUUUUUGUUCUAACUUUAGCUGCUAUCACUCUUCCAUGAAUGCAGUAUUUUUUUUUAUUCCUUGCUGCUGUAGCAACAUAAAAUACCAUUGAAAAUGAUUAAACCAAAGUUGAAUGUUUCCAGUAUCUUCUUGAAUUCUAGUAUUUAAAAUAAAAAAAAGUUUAACAACUGUUUGCUUGAUCUUUAGUCCAUUUAAUAUUUAUAGUAUUAAUCCUGCCUGCAUGUGUUGUGAAGUGGAUAAUUAUAUAAAGCUAUAAGAAGCUGAUUUUUCUUCUGUACGAUCAAAUCAAAUUAAAUUCCCAAAAACUUAAUUUUAUUUGUGGUUGCUAUCCCAAGAUUAUGAUGUUUGCUUCCACUUAUUGGACCUCCCACCAUUUGUGCUUCUAUUCGUAGUUCCUCAUGUUGCAUUGGAUGCUCAACAUAUUUACUCAGUAUGUCACAGCAACUGUGAUGCCACCUUCUGGUGAGCUUGACAUGUGGCCAGCCUUCCAACUUUGAAGCUGAAGAGUUGGGCAGGUAUUAUUUAAGCAGUGCCAGCUCCAAAGUUGGGAGGAAGGUAGGGAUUGUGCAGCAGCUGUGUGUCAAAGGUAUUAAAGGCUUUGCCAAACAGGAGCUGUUAAACCUUCAGACAGUGUUGCCCAAAAGCUUCCCUGCCCAGCAUUUUCCUUGAGGAGGGCUAACAUGGUGGUGGAUGUGGGUGUCUUUAGGCAGCAACGCCCAAUAGUGCAGACUCCGCCUGGCCUUUCCUAUGGGUUGGGCUUAUUUUUGUUUUUAUUUUUAUUGUGUGUUUUGUGUUUUUAUAUUGUGUCUUUAUCUUGUGAACCACCCUGAGACCUGCGGGUGGAGGGCAGUAUACGAAAUUAAUUAAAUAAUUAAGUGGCCAACAAUGAAGGAUGUACAGUUUCAGUAUGUGCACAGACAGUUCCUUUAUGUCCUUGAGGAUCUCCACCCCAAAGUCCCUUGUAGGAACAUAUUAAUAACCUUUGAGGAAUUAGUUUCAGAAAUCAUAUAUUUAGUUUUGGCCUUUCUUGUCAGCAUUUACACAGAUGUGGAGGAUCUGAAGGAGCAAGAACUUGUUAGCAGAAUAAUGGCGGGACUGUUAGAGAAUUAUGAUGAACUCUUUGAAAAUGAAGAGGAAGAUUUUUCAUCUAAUGAUUUAAGUUCAGUAACCGAGCAGGUAAGAAUUGUGUACAGCUUCAAUUUAAUAAAAGACUUUGCUAUUAAAAAAGCCUAGAGAAACUUCAUAAUAGAUUAUAGGUAAGAGUCUGCUUACACUGGUUUUGUUUACCAGUCAGCAGUUUAUAUGAGGUUGCAGCCAAAACCUUCCCCUCCCCCAGAUCCUCUGACAUUUGUAGAGAACUUGGAAGAAAUUGUUGGUUGGCUGCUGCUUGGUAAAGAGUCCUAUUUCUAAUCUUCUCCAGACUGUGACACAAAUUAAAGUUCUGGGGAGGGGAUAUGUGUUCUGCUAGGUAUUGUAUUCACUAGAGUCACUUGACCCUGUGAAGCAAAUUUUUGGUGCCCUUCAGAUAUUGUUGGACUCCCAACUCCCGUCAGCUCCAGCUAGCAUAGCUGAUGGUUAGGUAUGCCUAAGGCAGUAGUACAAAAUCUGGAGGGCACCAUGUUGACUACCUCUGUUGUGUAUUGUUAAGGUAUUGUAAUCAUGUUUAUUAUGGCUUAGACUUGAGAAAACAAAGUUAUUUCUUUGGGAAAGUUGAAAUAUUAGUGCAGUGAUCUAGAUUCUAAAGACGGGGUAUUCAGAGCUAAAACUACGCUUGUGCUUUGAUGUUAGGGCCUCUUUUUAGAACUUCUACAGCAUGUUCAUCAAUGUAAACUCCACCUAUCUGCAGUUUUUUCUUGCCCUUUAUUCUUGCCCAUGCACCCUGGAGAAUGGAGUUGAAUGGAGAAUGGAGUUGAAUGGAGUUAUUUGGUGGUUCAAUUUAACUAAGGACUAGAGUUAUUUUGUAAUAAAUGAGGAAUUGAAUUUGUCUCCCACAGUGAUGUGGCAACAAGUAAAUCUUGGGUGAGUUUUUAUAUAGGAUUGCUUUAGCCAGCCAAGCAAAGCACUGCUUGAUUGUCUGUACAAGUGUAGUUUUGGCUCUGAAACCACUUUUCAUUAAAUCACUGGCAUUGCCAGUUAAAAAUGGGGUAGGUAGAAAGACUACUGCCUGAGAACAUGGCUAUCCAAUGGGUUACAUGUCCCAGUGGCCUUAAUCCUAUAAUGGGGAGUUAGUGCUUUUUCUCUAGCUGUACAAUAGUUUAAAAUUGAAUAUCUUGGCUGACUGAAACUACCUCAUAUCUGGGCUUUGACAGUAGGUGAUAUGGCUAUAGUGGAAAAUGUUUGUUUAGAAAAUAUAUCUAGUGGCUGGCUUUGUUUUCUAUGUUGGUGCUGAGAUCUGAAUCACAAAAUGCCUGCUAAAAAAGCUUAAGCAACUUUAUUUUUAGAGCACACUUCUCACACUUUUGGAAUUUAAUAAUCUGUCUUUCUAAGAAAUCAUGGUCUCACUUGGUGUGUGUUUUUGAAGAUAAAUGAUCUGUUGGAUGAAGAAGAUAUAAAGCUUGAACAGUCUGAAGAGCUGCCAGAAGAAGAAGAAGAAAACAUGGAGGACCCAGAAUACAGGCAGGAGAUGGAGCCCCAAGAAAUGAUGGAGAGCAUCUUGGAGUCAUGUAGUGUUUCAGCAUCAACAAGGUAUGAAGGUUCCUAGUAUGGACACCACCCCUAGAUUAUGUGCUGCUUCCUGACUACUUUAAUAUAGCUGCUUAUGUUUCACGUUUUGUUGUGCUUUUGAUUCAAUCAAUACCGAAGAAUUCAGCAGGCCCAGUUCAUUUAGCCAUUCUAUAUUAUAUUGAUUUAAGUUAGGAGUAGACAUGUGCCUAGACCUCCCUCCUGUCUGUAUUAUGUUCUAUAUAUUUUUUAAACUAUUUGAGCGCAAAUGGACAUUAUAUAUUCUGGAAGAAAAAUAAUAUUAUAAUGAACAUGGAUUUUACUGGCUGAGUGAACACAAGUGCAAGAUGUAGAAACUCCAUCUGAAUGAAAAUAGAAUUUUGUGAAGUUUCAAUUUGCAUGUAGUGGGGCUUCAUGGUAAAAAAGAAGUUUUUUGUUCUAUUUUAAGGAAAUAAAAUAUUAAAAAUAAUGCAUAAAUUUAAGAUGAGGUCAAAAUAAUACCAAACCUACUGGAUUUCAUCAUAUGAUUGCUAUGUAGUAUCCCACACGACUAAUCCUCUAGCUUUAUACCAUUUCCAUAAUACUUGCUCUUUUUACACAUCUUCCUCCUGUAUUGUUACAACCCAUAUUCCUGUUUCAUAUCUAGUCCUUGCUGCUUUUCCAGUAUUGGAGCCAUUGUAUGAGCCUUGUGUCCUUAGAAAAUCAAGCAGUUGCUGCAGUGGCAAGUGUGUAUUGAGUGUCUAGCCUGCUAAACGGGGCGGGGGGGGGGGGCUGCUUCCUCCAGAGAGUAACUAUGUCACAAACGUUUUUCAGAAAAUUUUCUGAACACAAAUGACUAAAGAAAAAUUAAAACGGACAAAUUUAGGUUUAAAAAUCACUUCAAACUGUUUCUCAAUAGAGGCUUGUGGGCCAAGUUUGGCUUGCACAUAUAUUUAAGCCAGGAAAGCUAUGGUAACAGCAGGAGUGUUGUCUUGAACCAAGUCAGAGAAUCUGAGCAAGAAGAGGGAGCAUACAAACCUGGGACCUAGUCCUGAUGCCAGUUGUAGUCUGGUCAUUACUUUUUGAAGCGCAUUGCUGUAGCAGUUUUUUUAGUAAUGAUGUGAGUAAGGUAUGAUAAAGACCUGCAAAACUGCAUAACUAUCCACUUUCUAUAAUAAUUAUGCUGUGAUUGAUUUCAGAAUAAGCAUUCCAUUGUGAAGUUGAAGGUGGAGGCUUUUUGUGGUCUUUAUUUUGACAUUUGUAUUGCUGCUUUUGGCUGUGGCUAAUGGUCUCCCUUUCUCUGAAAGCUUAGUUUUCCAGCCUGAAUAAUUUUGUGUAAUGUAAAAAUUAUGACUGAGUUACAUAAUCACUUUUUCGUUGAUACUGUUAAAUACUUUAACAAAAGGAGAGUCUGAAUUCCCGUGUUCCGGAAGAAUUCUGUAUAUCUUAAUAUUAUAUAAAUUCCGCAUGGACAACAUUUCCUGUACCUAAAUAAUUCUGAAUAGGUGCUCAUCCUCCUCUAAAACAGCUGGAGUAUUUGUUCUGAUAAACAUGUUUCAUAGCCCACUGCUGCUUACUUUUAAGAAUUUUUCUCCUGUUAACUACUUCAGCUAGCUCUCUUGCAAUUUGAGCAUAUUGUUAGUUCUCCCAUUAUUCUUUGUAGCUAUAUCAUCAAGGACUCUUUAAUAAACAUGGUGGAGAAAAGCUGAAAUUAGGAUAACUCCACUCAGUGUUUUUCUUUUUUCUUUUUAUCUAUUGGUUCAUAUAUAUAUCCCAUAUCAUAUUAUUUCCUCUGAAUAUUCUCUGGUUUCUUUUCAAUGUGUCGAUCAUACUGAGGAAGUGGGUGCUAAUCUGGUCAAAAGUACUUACGAUCCACCAUCUUGCACCAAGAAGUAAUAGAAUGAAAAGCAUACUAGAGCUAAAAUGUUGAUUGGGCAGCUUAUUGUCAGUAGUGACCUCAUGUUGCAGUCUAUUUCUAUGUAGACUGCAGGGCUUAGUGCAGCACUCCAAUAGUGCCAUUUUACAGGCAGCUAUUGAGAUCAAGCAAGCAGAAUGGAUAGUCAACAGAGAUUGCCAUACUGUAUAGUUUUUCAAAUGAAGUGUUUUUACAUGAAAUGCUCAUUUGGAAUAGCAAAAAUAAUCAGAAUGGCUUACAAAGUUCUACUGCACAGGUAAAUCAACUUAAAAUGAUAGUUUGAUAAGACUGACUUAACUUUUUAGAAGCUAAACACAAAUAUUUUUGAAGGCAUACACUGCACUAUAAAACAAUUUGCAUGCAAUAAUAAGCUAUAUAAAGUAAGCUUGUGAAAUUUUUCCCAAUUGCUUAUUUUUGUUACUAAAAAUGACAGUGCUUAAGAAAAUCCAAAGUGCUUUGCCCUUAAAAUGUUUAUGCUGGUAUCUUGCUGCGUCAUUCUUCAUCAGCAGUCAACCGAAAUUAUGCUGCUGUUUGAAAUACAAAUGUUUGGAGGGGCACUGAUAGGAUACAUAAUACAUUUAUGUGCUGCGUAGCAUCUUAUCAAAUCCUGCUAAACUGAUUAGAGGGACUUUGAACUAGUAAUAGGAUUCCUUAGUCUUUGAAAUAGUGCUGUUUCAAUACACUUGUUUUUCUGAGAAUCUUCACUGCAUUGCAUAAGUAGAGGUGCUGGGGGUGAGAGAGAAGAAAAUGUAAUAGGAAGAGGAAAAUUGUAGAAUAUUUUGGUUCUGGUGUUGAUUAGUCUAGCAGCAUGCCUAUUGUGAUUUGAUGUUUCAGAACCCAAAUUUGAAUUCCUACAAAUAAGGAUUGUUCUUCAUUAUAAUUCCCUUUUUGUUUUCUCUAUGCUUCUUGGAAUUUUUGGCUUAAACGAUAGUUGUACUAUAUAUAGCAUUUGAAAUAUGCUAUAUAGUAAUCUACUUAAUAAAUGGCAUACUGUUUAAUGUUGGCUGGAGCAUAUUUUUAAUUGUUUUUCAUUUAUAGCUUCUUACUUUUAAUUUCCCUCACAUUUUGCCAUCAGGAAUUACUGUCCUGUAGCUCAUCAGUUACUAAUACCAUUGGUGGUAACUAAGCAUACAGUGUAAUCAGCUGAGAGAAAAAAUGGCAUUAAACUAAAGCAUUUUGUGGUUAAGGGUUUGUUCAUAUUAAAUGUACAAAAAAUGAAAUGUUAUAUUAGCUACUCUAAAUGUACCAGUUCUGAAAUAAACAGCUGGUUAGCAAAAGCAGAAUAGGUUAGCUUAGUAACAAGAUAAGUAGCAUAGAGUAGUAUUGUGAUGUGAAACAAAAACACUGAGUUUUGGCUUUAGUCACAAUAACAAUAACUUGUAAAACUCCAGGAAAUAGAACACAAAUAAUUUACUUUAAAAAUAGUUUAUUUUUAAAGGAAAUAUCAAGCUCAGGAUCAACUAUUUUCUCCCUCCUCUUGACCCACCCCCACUCCAAAUAUGGAGAAAUUGUAAGUAUCUUACCAUGUGUAAGAAGUACUUUAUACAUAACACACUGAUAUGUUAUAAAUUGGGAAGAAUAGAGUAUUGGGAAUAGAGUAGAAAAUGAUCCAUAUUAUUUGUUCCAAUAUAAAUACUGCAAAGAGCUGAUUAGGUAGUUGCUGUUAAGUUACUGACUUGAUAAUGCUUUCAUAUAGUAAUCCCUGGGUGAGCCCCAUUGUGCACUGUCAUAUGCUUAGGGCUGACCACAGCUUUCCCCAAAAGAACUAUAUACUUUCCUGCUAAGACUUUAAGCCCCCCUUUGCCACCCAUCUCAAACACUUGAAGGUAAUUGCCAAUUCUUUUUGUCCUAUCAGCUUUCUAAAGACUCCAGUUUGGAGAGAUAGGAAGAGAACAUUCAGAAUUGCUGCCUUUUACAAGCCCUUGUGAAAAUCUGGUUUCUAGUGGCUUAGAGAGAGCAGUACACUGAGGUUUCAGCCUUCUGCCCUUUUAUUAAAAGUUUAAAUAUUUAUGUAACUUUCACCUUUUCUGGUUGAAAACAACAAAUGUUGUGAAAGUGUGGGUUUUAGUGCAUAAUAUAGGUAAAGGGACCCCGAUUGUUAGGUCCAGUUGCGGACGACUCUGGGGUUGUGGCGCUCAUCUCGCUUUACACGCCGAGGGAGCUGGCGUUUGUCCACAGACAGUUUCCGGGUCAUGUGGCCAGCAUGACAAAGCCGCUUCUGGCGAACCAGAGCAGCGCACGGAAAUGCUGUUUACCUUCCCACCGGAGCGGUACCUAUUUAUCUACUUGCACUUUGAUGUGCUUUCGAACUGCUAGGUUGGCAGAAGCAGGGACCGAACAACGGGAGCUCACCCCGUCGGGGGGAUUCGAAAAGCCCUAGGCUCAGUGGUUUAACCCACAGCGCCACCCACAUCCAUCUAGUGCAUAAUAUACAUACUUUUAAUUUCCCUGUCUAAUAAUUUUUUAUUACAAAAGUGAAGGACUUUUGCCUUCUUAACUAUUCUGGCAUGUGCCAGCAUUUCACAUUUGGGUUUUCAAGUUCAGUGAAGCUUUCUGCCCACAAAGUUUGGAAAAGCUAUAUAUGUGUACUCCCCCCCCCCUUAUAUAUCCUGUAUACAAGAUUCAUGAUAAAACCAGAUUUUUUACAUUCUGGAUCCAUCCUUUAUAGAUAAUGUCCCAAAGAGUUGCAUUUUUAAGAGUAUUAAUAUCUUUGUUAACAGCAUAUUUUCCACCUUCCUUUUCAUUUCAGUUAUAAUGCCUCUUAAGUUGCAGCUAUUCCACAAACUAAGGCAGCAGUUUUUUGUAUACCUACAUGAAAGUAAGCUCUAUUAAAUUCAGUGGGACUGACUUCUGCAUAAGAAAACAUUCAUAGGAUUUAUAGUUAGGAGGUGCAGGGAGAGAUGGAACCUAAGCUCUAAACAUUUAUGCAUUACACUCCUGAAUUUUACUAAUUAUCUCAUUUAUUAAAGACACAACAGCUAAGACAUGCUCUUCAAGUCCUCUGGUAACAUACCCCCUCCACCAAUUGUCGAGGGUUCUAUCCAGCAAAAUUGUCCCAUGUCCAAGCUCCCUCUGGACUUAAAUCGUAAAUAUGGCAAAAUGCCAUUUUUUAAGAUUCUGCCUCCUGUCACUGCUAGGUAGCACAACCUAACAAGUGUGACCUGUGACAAAAUAUUGCACCAUAGAGUGCCCUUCACCCAUGCCAUGCCCCCCACUUCCGACAGCAAUCAAUUACCAUUCCAUUCUCACUAGAUUUUCAUUCUUGUUGGGCUGUUUUUGAUACCCCCCUCUUUAGUUCUUUUUUAAAGAUCUUUUAUUUUUCUGCACAUCUUUGGGGUUGCCCUGAGCCUACCUCUCUCUCGUGGAUGAUAACUGUGGUGGUUACAUAAGAACGCACCCUCAGAAAACGAAUUCAUUCUUUGUAUAGUGAAUGAAGACAGUAAGUGUGGCUAGCACACCAACUCUUCUUUAUUAUUAAAAAAAAUUAAUUUUAAAAGAGAGGUUAUACAAAAUUCUGCAAAAUAGUGUUAUCAAACAAGAUCUGAUGACAAUAUGCGUAGACCACAUACAAUUACAGAUCACCGUCAAACAAAACCAGCCUUAAAAUAAAACCAAAGUAAAACCACAGGUAGGUGAAUGUGUCGAAGGUAGUGACUUGAACUAUUUAUUAUAGCAUGGACACAAUGGUUAAACAUGAGACAGGGUUACAAAACAUGGACCCUAUUAUGUCAAGGGAAUUAAAGAGACUCAGCACUGGAAUGCUUUAUCAGCUGUACAGUAUUUGUUUGAAAGCUGGGGGUGGGGUCCUUGGUCACUGAACCUUCUGACAAGUAGCAGCUCAUCUCCUUUGAGAGACAUCAGAUGAUGCCUUAUUGCAGGCAUCCCCGAGCUUGGCCCUCCAGCUGUUUUGGGACUACAACUCCCAUCACCCCUAGCUAACAGGAUCAGUGGUCAGGGAUGAUAGGAGUUGUAGUCCCAAAACAGCUGGAGGGCCAGGUUUGGGGAUGCCUGCCUUAUUGCAAUCGUAACUAUGGAGAUAAUUUUGAGGACUAGAAGUACAAUUUGUGGUUACAUCAAUGAAAACUUUCUCCCCCUAGAAAUACUGGCACAUGGCCAGCCAGUAUUAAGAUAGUUGUGAGACCAAUGAUCUGAAUGUGACCUGGCUAGAAUUGCUAAUACCUAAGUGACCUAGCUGGGAUUGCUGCCAUAUGGACAGUCUUAAUGACUUUGAUCCAGUAUCCUGCUACCAUUUAAUUGGUUGCAUCAGUUCACCUCACCAUAUAUUAGGCCACAUUUUUAGAACCCCUGUAUUAGGGGAUUGAGUUGCAUGGUUGUUGUGGAACUCCCAAGUCAUCAAAGGCUGAGACUGCCACUAUAUCUCCUCCCCACCCCCCAAUGUAGGCAUGAGGUAUAAAAGAUUGUGGUGGUGGUGAUGUUGUUGACGUAUAUUUCUACCAUGCCCUAAAUGGAUUGGGCCCUUCAUGCCAUUUUAUAUUCACAUCACAAUCUAAGAUUUUGCCAAGAAAACGAUCACUGAGUCCCGUCAGGGGAAAAGGCAUGGUAUAAAUAUCCCAGAAAUAAUUAUGUUCUGAUUCCUAUCUUAGUCUGGGAGGUCUGCUUUAUAUCAGUCUACUUAAAAAUGAAGAACAAAACUCUACAUUCUUAAUUAAGCCUCUUAAUUUUUACGAGAAAACCCCUGAAAGACCAUCAAAUCAUAGGUCAGCUCUCUGUCUAUAGAUUUGUUCUGUUAGGUUUUGAUAGCACUGUUGUCAACCUAUGUUAAACCCAUGAAGAUCCAUGAGGAUCUGUAUCUUCAGUAAAUGUUUUUGUGGUGCUGGCAAGCUCUGGACUUGUAGACCCCGUGUAAAAUCAGACAAAUUCAAGAGGGAUGCAUUUUAAUUCUGACCUUUACCCAAACCUUAUGGACAAGCAAAGUGUGCACUUUCUUUCUGGCUGGGAGAGGGAGGCAGACAAGCAGCCAGAGGGGGUGGUGACCUUAGCGCACUCCAAAUGUGACCAUGGGCCCGAAAAGGUUGGUGACACCUGAUUUAUAUUUUUUAAAGAUAGAAUAUGUACAAUUCUGAAAAACGCCAUUAGGUUUAAUCCAGAACCCCUGUUUGAUGUUGAAAUGUUACGUGGCAAAGGGAGACCAUUAUUUCUCUUUCAUUUCAGUGCUCAUCUCUCUCCCUUAAGCAUCUUGCCAGCCUCUGCAGAGUAAGUAUAAAUUCCCCAAAGGAAUCGAAAAUACUCUUAAUUGGACUGUGUUCUGUUAUGGAAGCGUUGCACUGUUUGUGCAUUAGUUUAUUCAGUAUAAAGAGACACCUAUAGCUAAGAAUUGAAUGGCUACUUAAAGUCCGUAUAUUAAAUCCCCCUUCCAUAUUUCUUGAUACUCCAGAUAACCCUACUUAUUCACUACCUUUUCUAACAGUCCAUAACCUUUGAGUUAUUUCCCCCUCCAUUCCUCCUUUUUUCUUACUCUAUUGCACCUUUUUCUUUUAAGCCUCUAUAUGCCACAGUACUUCAUGUGCUUAUUUCUCAGCCUAGGUUUCCAGCUUCAGCUGUGCCAUCCUGCGUCUGCUCCUUACUUCUCUUCCGUGCACUCUUGCCUCUGUUUUCUCUUAGAAUCAUAGAAUAGAAUCAUAGAGUUGGAAGAGACCACUAGGGCCAUCGAGUCCAACCCCCUGCCAAGCAGGAAACACCAUCAGAGCACUCCUGACAUAUGGUUGUCAAGCCUCUGCUUAAAGACCUCCAAAGAAGGAGACUCCACCACACUCCUUGGCAGCAAAUUCCACUGUCGAACAGCUCUUACUGUCAGGAAGUUCUUCCUAAUGUUUAGGAAGUCUUAUUUUGCCAGUGUUGACUCUCUCUGUACCAUUUCGAAAUAUUUCUUCCUACCUAAUUGACCAUUCAGUUCCACGCUAACUGCACUGUUAUGUUGCUGAUACCUUUACUCUGAGCCCUCAAGAGAUUUCAUGACAUAACAACACCUGAGCCCAACGACCAAGGUGGUUUGUGGCAACAGGUGUAUUUUGAGUGAACUUGAGUCCAUGUUGCUAAUUUUACAAGUAGCAUUAUUGGGUCAGAUGUAGCUGACAGUUUUAGAAUAAAAAACAUAUAAGUAGGCAGAUGUCCAUAUUAAAAUUGACAUCCACCUCUCAUCAUGGCCUAGAACCCUCGUACCUACGGGACCGCCUCUCCCGGGAUGCCCCACAGAGAGCCUCAAGGUCCAUAAAUAUCAACACCCUAGUGGUCCCGGAAGGAAGUUAGAUUAGCUUCAACCAAAGCCAGGGCCCUUUCAACACUAGCUCCAACCUGGUGGAAUGCUCUGCCUCAUGAGAGCAGGGCCCUGCAGGAUCUGAUUUCUUUCCGCAGGGCCUGUAAGACAGAGUUGUUCCGCCCGGCCUUUGGCUUGGAGCCAAUUUGAUUCCCUCCCCCUCUUUCUUUUUCCUUCUUCCUUUCUCCUCCUGUGAUGAGGCUGCAUUUUAAUAUUUUAUUGUUUCAGUAUUUUAAUGUUGUAUUUUAAUCUUGUUUUUAAGUUGUAUUCAUUCAGCUUGUUUUUAUUAUUGCUUGUUAGCCGCCCUGAGCCCUGCCUUGGCUGGGGAGGGGUAAUAAUAAUAAUAAUAAUAAUAAUAAUAAUAAUCAUCUGUGUUAGGAAACCUAACCAGUGUUAAUCAAGAAAGUCCUGAAACAAUAGAACCUUAAGCUGGAGUCUAUGCAUUAUAGAAAGCCCAGCCGGCCAGAAAGCUAGAAACCAACCAAUUGGAUAAGAGACUUAGUUUAUGUGAGUUAUACUACCUUCUUAAUGUAUAGUAGAGGAGGUUUUCAUAUGACUUAAAAUACCCAAAUGACACCACAAUGUGGUGGUAAAUAUCCUCUUGACAAUCUAAUGAAUAAUCUGUUGAGAAUAUAUUUUGGAUGUACUAUUUGAUAGCUGUGUUUGUUAAUUGCCCAAGCUCUUUAGAUGAGUAGUCUUGCAAAAAGUUAAUACAAUACAGUUUUAAGUAAAUCGAUUAUAGUGAAUUGAAAGAUGUGACUGUGUGCGUGCUCACACGCACAUGAGUGCUGAGCACUCCGGUUUUCAAGUCUGCUUUUUUUGUGCUCUGCCUGCCUGGUACAGAAUUGGGAAAUGAGAAUAUACUAUGUGGAUAAAUUAGAUUGCUACUAAAACAUAACUUCUUUUUUUUUAAAAGCAUCUUGGAAAGAACAAUUAGAGCAGCUGUGGAACAACAUCUCUUUGAUCUGCAGAGCAGCAUAGAUCAAGAUCUCAAGAAUUUACACCACCACCAAAUGGUGUGCCAAGAAGCAAAUAUUAAGGGGGAUGAAGGAUCUAACAACCAGUAAGCUGACAUUUUACUACUGGAUUAUAUUUUACUGUUAUAUGUUACUAUUUUUUUUUAUAGCAACAUCAUGUUAUAUAAACUGGCGGUAAGUGAGUAAAUAAAAAUACAACUGUUACGUGGCAGAGCAGUAUUUUGGCCUUUUGUGUAACUAAGCUCUGUGUUAUAAGUAUUGCCACUGCUGAUCCGAACAACUUAGUAGUUGAAUAUCCUUGAUUACUGUGUGAAGGCAGCCCUGGAAGCUUAUUCCAUUAUCUGCUGUCUGUGCGUGUACUUGACAGGAGCAAUACAGGUUUCCCCCAAGAGUAAUAACCGGUGCUUUUUUGUGGGGGGAUGCAGGGGUACGCAUACCCCUAAAUAGUUUGUGAAUGUUCGUACUUUUGUCCAUUUACUGUAUUUAUUUUUCUCAAUUUGAACUAUAAAAUGGUGAUUUUCUUGAGUCAAAAUGAGAGUAGCCCUAAACAUUUUUAAAGAAAAAAAUCACUACCUGUAACUAAUAGUAAAUUAAGAAUUGUGCCAGAGGAGACAAUUUAGAUAUAUCAAUGAUCCUUUAAAUAACCCCUUUUUUUCCUGAAAGCAGUUUGACUUGUGAACGUCUUCUAACCUAAUUGUACCCCAGGAUUUUCCCAGCAUUAUUAUUUUUUAACUUCUAAUAAUUGCAGCAUUUUUUAAAAAGUGUAUAUAUAUUUGUUUUGAUAUUAGGGAUGAUACUGAAAAGAAUAUUACUAAAGAUGGUGAGAAUCUUGGUGACUGCUCUGAAGCUGUGGAUUGCACUAAUUUAGACAAUGAAGUUAUGCAGCCUGUGUCUGAGGAAAAGGAAAAUUAUCAGGUAAUGUAGCACAGAAGUAUGCUUUGUGCAUCUUAUAUCACAAUAUUCUGUGGAAUUUGCUUCUUAGUAAAUGUGCAUAGAACUAUACUGCACAUGUUUUUUAGCAACAUUGGAAAAAGUAGGUGUCCUGAACCUAUAUUUUGUUCAACUCCAUCCCAAUAAACUAUUUUAUUUGUUUUUGUUUGUAACUUGCAGUUUUGAUAUCCCAUCUACUAACCAGAGUUCUUGCGGCAGCAGUACAGUAGAAGCACUCGAUUUUAUUUCCCUAGUUUCUCCAGUUUAUUUCUUGGAAAUUUUACUUAAAGCUUCAUGCUUUGCUAAGUGCAAGGGGUUUCUUUUUCAGGGUUUUCAGAAGUAAACACGGGUUGUAAGGAAGUCUAAGAUUUAUGGCAAUUUAUUCAUAAGAGUUAAUGGCAAAACAAGCAAGCAGAUAACACCCCCAUUCAUCUGCUUAGAGCUCCAAAGAUACAGCAGCGGAGAGACCACAAGCUAGUCAAUGGGUCAUGAAGGCUUUCAGGUUUGCGCCAAAGCUCACUACUUGGGUCAAACUUCAGGGUUUUUAUCCUAUCUGUCCUAAGUCACGUGGCAUGAGGUGCGAUUGUUUAACUAUCCAGACCUAGCACCAUGGGUCUUAUGGUCUGGGUAUGUGCCAUCAGACAAGCCAACAGCUAAGCAAUGAAAUUAACUCUGAGGUCCUUUUGAUGUACCACAGCUGUAUUAUCUCUAAUCAAGGGAUGCUCCCCACAUUAGCACUUCAGUCUGGGAAAGAAGACAAGUCAGCAUGAUUCAGCAAUAACGUCACCUGCUACCAGCCUAGAGGCUAAGAGAAAUAGAGAGUGCCUGUUCUCUGGUAGCCUCUAUGAUGACAUGAAGGACUAAUUGUGCCAGGCCAACCAUGUCUCCUCAAAAUACCAUGGAUCUUCUGGUGUAUUUCCACUACACUUCAUGAACUUCAAAAAAUGGAAGCUUGGCAUGAAACAAGCUUCUCAGCUCCUUUCAUUUGCUCAUUUGCAGUGUAUAUUCACAAAUAUUUUUCACCUUUUCACUUGUUGCAGAAAAUGGUGGAAACUGAGGCAAGUGAAAAGCAAAUAGGAUUUGGAAGCUUUGUUCUGUAGUGUUGUUUCGCUGUGGUUGGCAAAAUGAUUGCACUCUUGUUUGUACCAAAUAGUUGCAAAUGUACUGUAUUUUGAAAUAUUUGAAAGUUAAUUUUCCACAUCAAGGUUAUACAAUAUUUGGACAACCAUAAUUAUUGUGACAGGAACAAAUGUAGCCUUCCCUUGGGAUCUCACAACCCCACUCCCUCUCUUUCAACAUGAACAUGAAGAGGAGAAGCUUUGGCUUCUGUUUUUUAUUUAACCACAGCUUGUUGUGUCAUCCAAAUUCAACAAAUUUGUAAAUUAUAAGUAUGGUUUGUUUGAAACAAUAAAGCCCAAAUAGUGCUCUGCGUAACAGAAUGUUUCUCUCCAGAUUCUUUAAGCUCUCUCUCGACCCCCCAUAUAUUAUUAAAUUGAGCUCAUCAUAUUGCACAGUUAGCACCUUCACAAGGAAUACUCACAAACUGAAUCAAUGUACGAUCUCGGCACUGGGCAUAAGUUCCACAUAGAUAGUCCAGAACCCACAAAAAUAGUGGGAAACAAAUUAUAUCGAGUUGUUUUUGUGUCAUCAAUGUAUAUGAAACCUCACAAAGGAGAAGAUAGGUUCUUGCCAAAAGGGAUUUGAAGUUCAGAUACUGACACAAGGGACAUAGCAGAGGAAAAGGAGAGAAAUAAAAUUAAGAGUAAAAAGAGGAAGAGCAUUUACAUGUAAACAGUCUGAAGCCUGCUCAGUCCCUUUGGAGGGAUUUGAGGGGUGCAGUUGGGAGGCUGCAUUAGCAAUCUGGACAGCUGCUUGGCGCUGAAUUUGGUAGGAUGUAUGAAUUCCUUAAUCACUUUUCAAAAUGUCAACAGGGACUGAAGAAGCUGUGAUAAGUUUAGUUUAGGGUACUGGCAGUUCUAGCUACACCUCUGAAAAAGAAAUAGUUCAUGACUCUCAGCAGUUUCCAAUUUGUUAUAUGUAGUUGGGAUUAGGAUUAGGGAGCUCAAAAUGCAUUAUAGCAGAAAUAACUGUUGUCAGUAAAAUUCACAUCUAUAAAUCUGAUAUUGUUACUAAAAAGUAAAAGUAUGUGUUCCUCUGUUGUUGCUUUACAUAGUAUGAGUGCUUGCUGCCAGCAGCAAGCAUCUCAUUUUAUCCUUGUCGCUGCUUUAUUUAGUAACAAGGAUUAAUUGUACCUUUUAGUGUGUCCAACUGAUGAGUCAUUUUACAUAAGCUGAGGACAAGUCCUCAUCAUGUUUGUCAUUAUUGUUUUGUUCAGAUCUCUGGGCCUCAAAUCUGCAAUUAAUAUGUGUCAGUAGCCCCUUAUGAAAAAAUCUGUUUUCUAGAUAUAUGAAGAGGGCUAAAAAUGAACAGUCUAUUUGUGUUAUAUUAAUGUUUUCUAAUAAAUUGUGGUUUGGCCACAUUUGUACAAAGUUAAGGAACUGAAUGUAUAUUUGGGUCGACCACACAUAAAACCUUAAGUUUGGUUUAUUUUUAUUUUUUUUAAAUAAGAUGUGGAUGUUUCAGUCUGAAGUAUCAUGCUGAAGUCUGUGUUUUUUCCUAAAUAGGAAGCAGGCAUAUUAUUGCAGCCAUGUGAUGGAACAGAAGACGCGAAAGAGUCUGUUGGAGAUAAGUAUGUAUUUUAGUAUAAAUGAGAGUAUUGGGGGGGGAUGUGACAGUUUGCAUUUCUAAUAAUCAGCUUUGUGAACGCUGAAUAAUUUUUGUUCAGAUAAUUUUUUUUUUUAAAUUGAGUCAUCAUCCAGAAGUGAUUUGACUGGCAUGAGUACUUCUAUUUGUUGUCAGAACAAUGGAGAAAAAUUGGCACUUAUUUUAUCCAAGUUUAGACUUUAAAGUCAUUUGCUUUUAAAAACAGUGUUGAUACUACCAGCACCCUUAUUUUCUAUUUUAUGUGGACUGCUUAGGUGUCCAGGUUUUUGUGAUUAUUAAUUGUUUUAUUAGAGUAGGGAAAUGGGAAAGCCAGUCAAGUUAAUAAUAAUUUAAUUUAAGCCUAUUAUCUGGCCUAGCAACCUUUCGCCUUUCUGUUAACUCAGUUCUUGUACUUGCAGUUAUUAAUGUAUCAGAAGGUCUUGUGUCUCCUCUAGCCAAUUUCCUGCUAUACAUUCUGGCUCAAUUCAGAUAAAUCAUGGUUAAGGAAGUUUAACUAUGGUUUCGCAUGAUGUCUGAAUUGACAAACCAUGGUUUGCAAUCAGUUGACAAACUAGAACUGAAAGCCAUUUUUAGUGGGUUUCCAAACCAUGGUUUUUGCUAAUUAUGAUUUCGCAUGACCUCUGAAUUGACGAACAAUAGCUGUGGCUACUGCUAUUGAUCCACCUUCCAAGGCUACUACAUCUAGAGAUGAGAGUGUUGGGCAGAUGAAAAAUGAAAGCAGACAAGUAUCUCUAAAUGAUCGUUUGCUUGAUUGUUUGGAAGCUUAAACUGUUCAUUGGGUUCUGAAUCAUGAUUGGCACAAACCAUGGUUUAGUGUGAUGUCUGAAUUGAGCCUAUAUGUGUGGUAUAAAAGAAUAAAUUGUCUUCACAGAUGCUUUGAAGUAAUAAUCUGCUCAAACAAUAAUAAGACUCUGUUUAUAGGCAAGAUUGUACAUCAUUUGAUGAUGGCGACAAAAUGACGUCACACGUGAUUCUGGUAAGAAAUUGCUUCUUUAUUUUUCCUUGUAAAGCUAGGCCUUAAUGUUAAACAUGCUUGCUUACUUAAAUGUGCACUCUCCCUAAGAGUCUCGUGUUUCGUUUGUGCCAGAGUGGUUGCUUAUGGGGGGGAGGGAGAGAGUGUUUGCUUAUGUGUGUGGAGUUCAUUGGCAUAAUGUUUAGUUAUAUUCACAUUCAUAGAUCUUCUAGACAGAAAAACACUGUGAAAUUAAUUCAGAGGGUUUUUUUUAUUUUUGGUUUGUUGUUGUUUUUUUGCUGGAGACUGAAAACUUGUUAACUCCACUGUAGAGUGAUUAGAAUAACUGUGAUGUUUAUUUACAGGGUUUUAUUAGCAAAGUUUGUGAUCCAAGUGUCAAAAAUGAGUUGGAAGAACUGAAAAACAGAAAUAACAAUGCUCCUGAAGCAACAUUGUGUGUCCCUGUACCACAUCUUGAUUUGAAGAAUGUGAAUGGUGGUGACAGAUGGGAAGGUAAUUCUGAAUCCUUUGAUACUUUUGAAGAACGGAGUAAUUCUGAAACUUUUCAGAAGCUUGCAUUUGUUUUCCAUAAACUUUUGGAUGAUUUCAUAGCAUUUUAAGAAAUGAACUAGUAGCUGUUUGGAAUAAGUGUGAAGAGAAAAUAGAUGGCAAGAAUGAUAGUUACGUUGAGGCUGCCACUCAGUUUAUCCUAAAUAUAACCGAAAGCAAAGCAACCUAAUGCUUAUUCAAGCCCUUAAAAAGUAUUCAUAUGCUUUUAACAUUCCUGUACAACAUGUGUGUGCUUCCAGUGAGUCACCUUUUUAGAGUAUCUGUCUUGUAGAGAACUCCGUAUAUAGCUGGCAUGGCAAGUAUACUGUAACCCUCUGGCGAAUCCACUACUAAAUCUUUAAGCUACAAGGUAGGCGGGGAUCAUCCUAGAAAUUAUGCAGUGAAUCCUUCAUGCCUCUUCAGGUCAAGGAUUGGGACAAAGACUGAAGGUUGUCUGUGCCAAGCUCACAGGGUCAAAUCAGCAAUCACCCCACCACCUUCCCACCAUCAUUUAUUGCCAUGGAGCCUAAGAACAUAAGAAAAGUCCUGCUGGAUCAGACCAGAAGCCCUUCUAGUUCAGCAUCUUGUAAUCACAGUAGCCAUCCAGGUGCCUAUGUGCAGCCCACAAGCAGGACCUGAGCACAACCCUGAGCUCUCCUGAACACAGCAGCAGAAAUGGGAGCAGUUUCCCAGAUCACUGUGCAUAUGAGAUUCCUAGAACACCUGAGCCCAAGCAGCAACCAGAGCGGCCAUACUCCUUGCCCUCCUAUACUGUGGGAAAUGAGUGGAAGCGUCCUUGAAUGCUGUGCUCCUGAGGUGCCUUGAGUGCCUUGGCCAAGCAGUAUUCACACCUCUCUUCUUUCCUUUCCUACAAGAAAGGAGGAUGUAGGCCAUAUAAUGGCCAAACCAACAGGGACUUCGUAGCCACAGUUUUUAACUUUGGCACAAAGUGCAGCUCUAAAUGAUAUACAAUGGCAUGUAGUGUUAGUGCUUACUUAUGAAGCAAGUACUGCCCUGUUGUAUAACAAAUUUGAAUACUCGUAAUUCAACUAACCUCAAUAUUAAUAUCAAUUUGAGGUAUAGAUAUUGUUUUGUGUAUAAUUUAAAAAUCAACCUGGUGUUCUUGUGUAGUAUCAGGCAUUUUGGGCUAUUCUUUUUACACUAAUGAGUAAAUAAAAAUUGUUGGGAGUUUCUUAUAGAACGGGAAAGGUGAAUACCUGGACACCAGGAACACAGACAUGAAACUUUCAGUCUUUGGUUAUUUUUUUUGUAUUAUAAAAAGUAUGAAUGCUAUUGCAUCAGAUGUAACACCAAGCCAUAAUUUGGCACUAUGAGAAUGACCCUGGAAGGAGUCUGACUUUUGCACUCCCUCAUCUACCUUCUCCAAAUACAUUUAGAGUAAUUAAGGACUUCAUUGUUUUCAGCAAACCAUAUGGAAAACUGUGAUUUGCACUUGUCCAAUAAAUUAGCGUUUGAUCCUAAUUUGCAGAACAAACACAAAUGGUUGUUUGCUAGUCUGGAUGUAAGGGGAAACUUUAUGCUGAAAGCCAGGAAUAUUGGAGGAAGGCACACAUACCAAACCAUGUAGCUGAGCCAGUGUGUGGAUGUGUACCAAUAUUAAUCCCAACAUAGAAUUACUUCCUACAUAGGUGAUAGCUUCCAUCCCCAUUUUUUUCCUGAAUCUAAGCAUAAGAAGUAUACUUUGUGCCCAAAUAUCUGCUUUAAAAGCAACAACAGUCCUUUGUUAUGGUAGGAAUGUCAGCUUCUCAGGUUGCUUUUAGAAGAAAACACGUGGCAAGUAGGAUUUCUUAUUAUGUUUGCUGCUGUACUCUACCUCCUUUGUGCUCUUGGAAGGUCUUGCAUGGUCCUUUGGACCCUGGACUAAAUCUGGUCAUUCUCUGUUCUCUCGAAAUCAAUUAGAAUUCUAGUAUGCUAAACUUUUUAUGUUAGACUAGUUGGAUUUCCUGUGUAAGCCUGUGGGAUCCUGGUCUACUUCAUUGGUUUGCAGAGUGAGGUCUGCUUAGUAUGUUGUGAUUAAAAAAUCUGCUUCAACUAGUAUUAACAUUUAUCAUUCUAAUUAAACAAAUGCAUGUCUUGAGUGCACAAAUAAUUUAAUUAUUUCCCUGCAUUUUGAAUUGCUAUUACUGUCUUUAAAAAUAUGAGCAAAAACUGUCUUGUGUGGAAAUCCUCUUCCUUUAAAAACGUGUUUUGCUAAAACAUGGGAAAGCAUGUGGCUUUUUGUUUGUCACCUCUGAUCCAACCCUUCUGGAAAGGCUUUUAAUUAAUAAAGGGCCUAAUCUUGAGUGGUGCACCUUCAACUGUCCCACAUCAUUGGGAAUGGAGUGCUCACACCUGGCCCACUCAGUUGGAAGACUUUCCUUGUGCUGUACUUCCUACAUGUUAUGUAUGGUUUGUUCUAACUGUGCGAUGUGUUCACUUCAGUAUUUUUUGCCAUUUUUUCAUUUAUUAGCACCAUGCCCUAUCACUUUUCCCCUCAUUGAUUUCAAAACAAUGCAUCUGCAGACAGAAGGGGAGGGUAAGUAUGGCUCGCCAUACAUUCAGUUAUCUACAUUUUUUCAUGGUUAUGGUUGCUUUCAAAUUACCCCUUUACCUGCUGCCUUCUGAAGAGCCAUAACUUACUUACAGAGGCACAUGCCUUGCAUGCAUCAGGUUCCAGCUUCAGUUAAAGCAUUCCAACCAGCAGGGCUGGGAAAUACCUCUGCUUGAGACCUUGGAGAGCUGCUACCAGUCAGAGUGGUUAUUAAUCUGCUAGCUGGACAACCAAUGGUCUGACUCUGCAUAGGGCAGCUUAAUAUGCUCACAACAUGAGGACAUGCUUGGUUUGUGUUUUUUAAACCCGGCAUCUUUUAUUUCAAGACGGUGAUUCCUUAAAGGCAUUUUUGUACUCGGUGGGAAGCAGGUACAAGUGGGUCAAUCAGCAUUUUGUUGUGUUACCAUUCCAUAUUCUUUAAACUUAGCGUUCAAGUAGAAGAAUUGCACUGGAAAUUAUGGUGACUAUACUUAUCCUGAUAGCAGCUAAGCAGACAGCUAAAAAGCCCUUAAGAGAGAUGUAGAUACAAUUUUUUUAAGGGACAUUAGCAAGGAUUUUAUUUCCUGGGAUCCCUUACUUAAUCUUUCAGUUCCUUUAAAGCAGAAAUCGUUUUAUGAAACAUAUCAACAAAUCAUUUCCCCCCUCAAAUUUGGAAUUUUAUUCUGUUCUUUUUUUCAUGUUUGAAAACAAUUUAUGCUCCUUCAGCAUCGCUCUAAGACUAGUGAACUAAUCCUAUAUAUCUACACAUGAAGGAAGUCAGAACUUUUUAUAUACUGAAGCAUAGUUGAUUUUGUUUUGUUUUCUAACAGUACAGGCCUAUACAUGUCUACUUAGAGGUAAGCCCUGUUGAGUUUAAUGGGACUUUCUCUUAGUCAAGCAUAUAUAGGAUUGCAACCUAAGAGUUGUAAAAGAUUGUAUUCAUUAUCUUUAUGUAGAUGGAUCCAUGCACUUAAUGUUGCACUUGAACUAUUUCAGUGUGCCUUUUAUUGCUUUUACAGAAAAUAUCUGCUGCCAGUGGAUUAAACAUCCCACUGGCUUUGUUGUGUUAUCUAAAAUGCACACUGUAUAUAAUUUGUUGUGCAGAAUUGUACAACUUUUUAAAGUAAUGCAUGCUGACUAUUUAGAAAAAUGCGUAAGUUGUAUACACUCAUGAAUAUUGUUGUAUAUGUAUUUUGGGUGUAUUGGGCUAUUUCUUUUUUGUUUGCUUUAUGACAUGUAGCUUUCCAGUGCAUUUCACUAUUCAUUUUGUGUAUAAGCAUACUAUUUAAUGCACACUUGGUUUUCUUGUGACCCUAUAAUACCUAAGUGCCAUUUGCUUUUUAUUUCAUUGUCUUUUGUAGAGCCGUUUCCUGCUUUUAAAUCUUGGCAGGAAGAGAGUGAAUCUGGAGAAGCUCAGCUUUCUCCACAAGCUGGAAGAAUGAAUCAUCCUCUGGAAGAAGACAGUCAUCCCAUAUUGUCACAUCGGAGUUUGGAUUUUGGACAAAGCCAGCGUUUUCUGCAUGAUCCAGAAAAAGCAGAUUCUUCAUCUAAAGCACUUUCUUUUAUUAGGUAGGUAGUUAAUGCUCACAACUAAGCUACACAAGAUCAAAUUCUGAUGUUUGGAGUCAGUUCUCUUUAGAAAAGAGGUGUUUUGGUGUAAAAGCUGAGAUAGAAUUGUAGCGUUAGAAGGGACCCCAAGUGUCAUCUAGUCCAUCUUCCGGCAUUGCAGACUUGGGAGACUUCUGUACCUAGUAUGUAGAAAUCUCAAACCUGAUUUUAAUUUGGAUCCAUUGAAUAUGCUCAUUGCUCAUUGAAAUCUAGUCAGGACUAAUUUAAGCCCUACUGGAUCCAGUGGGUCUAGUCAAAGUUGUAACUACAAGGAAAGGCUAGAGCAUUUUGGUCUUUUUCAUUGAGAAGUAAGGUGGGACACAAUAGAGGUGUAUAAGAUAACAUGGGGUGGUCUUCACCUAAUCUGUCAUUGCAAAGCCUGUACAAGGGAUUUUGCUUGUGCAGUGGAGUUCCCGCCCUCCCACCUCUGGAAUUGGCCUGGGGGGUGUCAGAAUUCCUAGAACAGCACAUUGAGGAAAGGAGAGGGCUGAUCGAUCGUUCCAUCGGGCAGGCAACAGUUCGCCACAGAGCAACAUUGAAUUCCACCCAAAGUGUAAAGAAAGUGGAUAUCAAGAUGUUUUUCAUCUUCUCUCAUAAGACUAGUACGCAGGUCCAUCCUGUACCUCGUUAUACGGUGCAUAAACUAUGAAUUUUGCUGCCAACUUGGAAGGCUUUAAAAGGGAUUAGACAAAUUGAUAGUUAAUAAGGCUAUCAGUGGCUACUAAGUAUGAUGGCUUUAUUCCCCCCAGGGAAGGCGUCAUGCCUCUUGAGUUCUUGCAGCUGAGACUCGCACGUGGGGAGAGUGCUGCUGCAGGCACGUCCUCCUUUUCAGCUUUCCAUAGGCAUUUGGUUGGCCCCUGUGAGAACUGGAUGCUGGACUUGAUGGGCUUUGGCCUGAUCCAGCAGAGCUGGUCUUCUGUUCAUAAAUAAGUCUGGAUCCAAUCCAUUUAUGCUUAAACUACAUGGUCAUUGUUGUGAUGCUAUCUAGUCUGACUUUUAGUGUGUAUGGAUUUCCCACCUGUUUCCAGCUAACGUAAAGCAGAUUUUGCACUGUGGUUGUAGAGAGAGGCGUUCUAGAGUACACUGAACCCACCCAUAACAGGCAAAAUGUUAUAUCAUUUUAAUGAUAGAGACUUGCCUUGCCCUGAGUUCUGAUUCAUGUUAGUUAUUCAGCAUUGUUAUACAAUAAUACUUUUCUGGUUAUGAAAAUUAUACAUAAACCAACCAUUGUCACGACAAAGUUUUUUCAAUUUUUUCUGAAGUGGAAGAACAAUGAGUGGAAAGCAUACUCAGUCAAGGCUUUAAGCCUCAUGUGGGCUUGAACCAUCUUCUUGCCACAAGCUUUCUUCGUUUUACAAUGCUACAACUGACUUCAGUGCUCCUAAACAUGUUUAUAGCUGCAAAAAGUAUUAAGGGUUGUGUCUAGCACUGCUGUUGCAUGAAUGGAACAAACUUACACUCACACAUUGGGAUUUGCCCUUUUCCUCCCCACUGUCAUCUUCAAAACCAUCUCCAGACGGGGGGACCCCCUGAGGCAAUUUUUGGUGGUGAAUUGGGGUAGCGGAGAGAAAUUUAGAUACAGUCCAUAGUGUUGAACUUACAGAGCAGUGGUUGUUUCCUAACAUGUCAGCAUUUUUUCCCUUUUCUUUUCCAGUGUUAGCUAAAUUGUUUGUCAUUCUCAAGAUCUCAUUUCCCUGUGUACUUGUAUAUUUCACUACCAUUCUUCACUGCUUCUUAAGCACAUUUGUUGGCGCCAGGCAGACCAUAGACCUAUAGCACCUACAUCUGUAGAGCCUUCAUCUUGGUGUUUACAGCAAUAAGGUCCCUUGACUUUAAUUAAAAUGGAAAUUGGUUGGUUUUGCCUCAGAGCAGUAGAGGUCUGGGAAAAUCUAUGGAGAAAUGGUGAUGUCCAUUUGUUUUUCUUUUUUAAAUGCAUAGUUGUUACUCAUUUUGCUAAGCAGGUGCUAGGGAAUUCAGGCUUCGGAGAUCUUGCAUGAUGAUACACUUGUUCUAUAUCUUUUUCUCUGCUGCCUUUUACUUUUGACCCCAUGCCAAUAUGUCUUCUGAGACUAUGUUUAACAAUGUGCACUUUGCAUAAGCAUGGACCACCUGACACCUGUCUCCCAUUUUCUACCCAACUUUUGACUCAAACCUUGUCAGGUCCCCCCCCUCCCCGUAUUAACAAAAUACUUGGAGCUUAUGUCGCAUAUGGUACCAUGGUGCAUGGAGCGAUAUUUGUGAUGUUCAGUAAGAAAUAACUUCUUAAUCUGCCUGGAUCACAGCAUGUCGUCAGUUGUCCAAAUUUGUGACUACUUUUCCAAAACAUCAAUUUAAAAUAGUACUACUUUCACUUCCCUGAACUUAACUGCCCCUGGCUGCAGAAAAUCUUGUUUCUUCCUAUGUUGUAGGCACCAGAUGAGUCUUGGGUACAUUUAGAGUUGUUACCAUCUUGAUCCUGAGAUCAUCACAAAUCAUGGUAUGAUUAGCAGUGACAUUUUUCUUCAAGUGCCUAUUCAUUAGAUUCAUAGGUAUCCUGUUGCUGGUUAUUUGAGGAUUAUUUAAUUUCUGUACUGCUUCAUAUAUUUAAAAUAUCUCUAAGCGAUUUACAGACAACUGAAGCAACAACAGGCAACUUAAAUUGUUACAAAAAUAGUUACAUAUAAAAACAUUACAUUAACACAGUUACUAAUGUAUAUAAAUUAGUAUCAGUUCAUUUUCCUUCUGACACACCCUCCCUCUCAUCCUCUGGGUUUUCACCCAGGGUCCAAACAAACACUCAGCUCAAUCACAAAAGUUUCACAGCGAGAAGAGUUCCUAGAAACAGCAGUCGUGGCUGUAGUCUCUCACUCUAGUCUUGCUUUUUAUGAGUAAUCCCAAGGUGGAUGGUACUUCAGCAGGUUGCCUCCAGCUGUGUCCCAUUCAGCUGCACUCUCCACACCCAGUUCUAGGUACAACAGGUUUGUUGAGUUUCCCGGGGGGUCCGAAGGAUCGGCAGAGGGGCACCUCUACUCGCAGCUCUCUGUUUCAACCUGUGGCUUAUUCAUUUUGUUUCAUUGUGGCUUUUCUGGCAGCCAUAAUACCAUCUUUGAAGCUAAUGAUCUGUUCUGAUGUUCCAUUUCUGCAGGUGCAUUGGGACAAAAUAGUCUUAAGAUAGUCUUAAGCCUUGGCUUCUCCUUCCUCCUAAAACUGAACUUUGUAACAUUCAUAAUGCUUCGGCAUACCUCAUAAUGAGUAAAUAUAUACCAGGUGGGCAGACUUGUGCAACAAAGAAUUAGUAGCUAAGGUGCAUUAGAGAAUUUUUUCUUAAGUCUGGAAGGGGAAAGGCUGUACCAAAGGUACAAAACAAACACAUGUUUUAGGGAGAAAAACUUCAAUUUUCAGGUUACCAGUGACAAAAAUUUGUAUAUUUAUAUGCAUAUCUUCAUGGUUCUGAGAUGAAUGGUACUUAUUUUCAUCAGUGUUGACUUUCUUUCUUUUUUGCUCUCUUCCUGUUUUUAUGAGCUUCCAAUGUUUUCACUUUUCAAGUGCACCAUUUGAAUUUGAGACUGUAAAGGGAGAUUAACUUUUUCCGGCAGAAUAUUGAUCAGAAUGUUACUCAGAGUGUAAAAUAGUCUAAAAGAAGGCAAAAUAGGAAGAGUGAAUUGUUGACAACACUGAGGUGAAAUUUGUGCUACUCGAGGGGUUCCAACCCCUCCUGAGUCAAUUUGGGAGAGUGUGUGGAGAAGGGGGGGGGGAAGCCCCAUUGCUCUAGUGGAAGUCGUUGUGCAGGUUUCUGCUGCGGGAUGCAUUAGUUGAAUCCAGCCCUUAGUGUUUGCUUUUAGCUAGCAUAAGCUCCAAAACUUAGUGUCUUUUUGUCGUCUGGCUGUAGAGAGAACAUCUAAUACACCCUUUAAAAUGGGGUAGCUGUUGCAGGUCACAUCACUACAAGGAGGGAAGAAAUAGAAUACAUUAAGAAAAAGGCAUAGAAAAGCUAUAAAACUUUGUCGGGAAUAUCCUGCCAGUUUGAUUUCCAGUUCUUCAUCUGAUGCUUUGAAACUAAGAAUCCUAAAAUCAUGCAUAGAAUUCAGCACUUGUAGGAGUGGUUGGCUCUGAAUCUGAAUUGUUAGCUUUUAUUCAACUGAGCUAAGUAACAAUGCUAUUGUGAAAAUAAUAGUUGAAAUGAGCUUUUAAGAUCAUGUUCCAUUAAUCCCUGCAUUAUAAACAAUUUGAUAAUGGUGUCAGAGAGAAUACAUCAUUUUCUGUUACUGCUAUUACCAGAUACCUUUUAAGUUGUGGUGUGAAAGAGCUGUACUUUUCCCAUAGAGGAGGGUUUGCAACGGUUUAAUAGUUUUUUAGAUGUUAUGGUUUACAGCUUUUGGAAGAUAUCAAUCAUCUUGUGGCAAGAGGAAGGGGUGGCCCUUAUGAGUGACUCAAGCACUUGACUGACAGCUUUUUCACCUGCCAUGUUCUCAUCUGAGCAAAAUGCAGCUUUAGUGAGGAUUAGUGACAAUGUUGUGUGAGAGAAGUUAACAGGUGAGACUAUUUUUGUUCUGGCCUUUGUGAUAGAAAUAUAAAUGUACACCUGCUCACUGUUUUCCAGUGUUGUGCAUUUUACAAUAUGUGUAUUCGGUAUCUAAAACCUUGCCCUUUAAAUGCAGAACUCGAAGAGCAUCAUUUAAUAGUUCUAAGGAUGACAGAAGGGAAGACAAGACUCCUUAUCAGCUAGUCAAAAAGCUGCAGAAAAAAAUAAGGCAGUUUGAGGAGCAGUUUGAAAAAGACAAAAAUUUCAAGGUAAGCUGCUGUUACACAUUGGUAGCUAGCUAGCAUUCCCAAAAUUAAGUUUUGUUUUUCACAUGGCUCUAUGUAUUCUUGUAUUGUAGUCAGUGAAAAGGUCUCAAUUGUAUCCCAAAAAAUCUAUUGGGGGUUGGGCAGAACUAGAUGGCUUGAUCCAGCAUGGUAAUUCUUAGGUUCUUAAUUCUCUGACCCAAAGAAGUUGCAUGCUCGGGUGUAUGAAAAACACAAGCCCAGAUUUUGCUGCUGUUACUUACUUUGUCCAGCAAGGGGCAUGGAGAACUCUUCCAAUGAAGAAGUCAACCCUGUUAAAUUCAGUGUGUGUGUGAUUUCUGAGAAUCCUAAUGCUAUACAUAUCUAUUUUCAGCCGUCGUAUUCUGAUAUUGCAGCAAAUCCAAAGGUUUUAAAGUGGAUGACAGAGCUUACCAAAUUGAAAAAGCAAAUAAAAGGUAAGAAUUUUGUGUUUCAUCUUCUUGGGCUUUCACACCUUUCAUUGGACCUUACUGGAGAGAAGGGUGUCUCAUUUUUCAGUCAUUAUACAGUGGUACCUCGGGUUACAUAUGCUUCAGGUUACACAUUCUGCUAAUCCAGAAAUAGUGCUUCAGGUUAAGAACUUUGCUUCAGGAUAAGAACAGAAAUCGGGCUCCGGCGGCGUGGCAGCAGCAGGAGGCCCCAUUUGCUAAAGUGGUGCUUCAGGUUAAGAACAGUUUCAGGUUAAGAACGGACCUCUGGAACGAAUUAAGUACUUAACCCAAGGUAACACUGUAUAUGAAUGAAUAAGUUUCUUGUUUCUGUGUUGUCUCAAGUAAUUGAACAGUAAUAAUUGCAAAGUGACUUUGACUUUGGGUUUGGUAUUCUUUCUUGAACACAGAUGCAAAGCACAAAAGCUCAGAUGGAGAAUUCAUACCUCAGACACGGCCACGAAGUAACACUCUUCCAAAAAGCUUCGGCUCAUCUUUGGAUCAUGAAGAUGAAGAAAAUGAAGAUGAUCACCGGGUUGCACAGAAAGAAAGGAAGCCUACCAAGGAGGCCACAGUGGAACUCAUUUUUAAAAGGCUGAAGGAAAAACGAAUUGAAAGCUGCCUUCCAGAAGAUAUAAAGGUACAUAUGCCUAUUUUGUACUUGUAUUGUUGCACUUGAAGAGAUGAAAAUAGUACAGUUCAGCUUAUUUUACAGCACUUGCAAAUUUCCUAAGGCAGUCGACUUGCAACUUAUGCACAUUUAAGUUGUGCGAUCGUAGCUUAGCAUGCUUGUCCAAAAAGGGGGGGCAGGGGGGAUGCCGGCAAUCCCACCCACCAUAGCACUCACUCUGGGAGAGUAUUUGGAGGUGCAUGGAGAGGCUGUAGUGGCCUUGGGAGAGCACAUACGGCUUUUGGAGAGAUUACGGAGGUGGUCAGAGUCUUCAGUGGCCUUGGGAGAGUUUUUUAAAGGGUUGUUUCGACUAGUAAUGAUUUUGGCUUUGCAUGCCAAACCCAAGGCCACAUAACCCUCACACAAGAUGAGAGUCAACUGUAUAACAUGCAGCACUGAACUAGAUUACAGUAAUCAUUCACUGUAUUUUAAUUUUAUAAGCAGACACUUGCACAAACUAUUGCAAAGUCUCAAAUGCACAUAUGGCGUAAGAGUUGUCAUUUGGUAUUAGGGUACAUUUUCCUGACAGUAGGAGAAGCCUCAUGCAGCAAGGUACCAUUAUCUGAGUUUUCAACUCUUUGGAGCUUUUGGGCCGCAUAUGUAUAAAAUAUAUUCAGUAUAGCUGUCUUAUCUUUUAUAAAUUUAGCUUCAGAAGGAAGCCUACACUAAAGAGCAGAUUUAGAGUAAGACACUUGUCUCUCGUUACAGAAAAUGACGAAGGAUGAUCUGGUAGAAGAAAAAACGUCUCUCCAAAAAAGUCUCUUGUACUAUGAAAGUCAGCAUGGACGACCGGUAAUAUUCAUUAUUUCAUUCCCUGCAAUUAUUUAAUGCAGUUAAUGUGGUUAUGAAAUAUCACUGAACACCUGCCUCAAAUAAUUCUCAUAUUUUAUGAUUAGCAAUUGAUUCUUAAAAUAGCAUAUAGAUUGAAUGUGUGCCAUGUAGAGGCUCAAAGAAUGAGCUGCAAAAUAAGAUUCAAAGGGCAGCUCUUUAAACACUGUUAACACUGAGGAGGGAAGAAAUAUUUUGAGCUGGUGUUCCAUUGUAUUUUUGUUUUCAGUUCACUGCUUUGGUAUUUUUUCUGCUGUGUAUAAAUAAAUAACAGAUAAAUAACCCUUCUUCUGGCGCUGUAGGGAGGUUAGUCAGGCCUCUGUACAUUCCUGUAUAAAACAUUGCAAAGUACACACUUUCUACAGAAUUCGCAUUCAGUAGCAAGAUGCAAAAUUACCAGUAUUGGAAAGCUUUAUUUUUCUGUGAUUACUUAUUGUCCACACCUAAACUGUGAACUUGCACAGUUUUGGUAUUCUCCAGCUAUUUGAAGCGUCACCAGAUAAUGCUCAUGUUUACUUGUUAUGAUAAACUAUGGGGGAAGCACUAUGAGGACGAAACUCCAUUAGCCUUAGUGAAGUGUUGGGUUCCCAUGUGACUGGGGGGAAAGCUUUUGCUGAGUUAAAUUUUGCUGCCAAAUAACCACUGCUUAGCAUCGUGUAUGAACCACAAACCCCGAUUUAAACAAUAAUCUGUUAAUCAAGCCAGCUCUAUAACCAACCCAUGGAUCAAAGUUGACUUGUUUAGCAACUCAUAAUUGGCCACAUUUGUUCAUAAUGAUAAGCUAGACUUCCUGGCUUAUCGCGGUUUGUGUGUAUGAGCACUGUGCUUAUGGACCUCACAGCUCCAAAUUAAAAUCACAGAUUUAAAAACUGACUAGGCCAGGGAGUGGUCUGAACUUGUUUUAUGUGUGAACACAGUCAUUGUUUUAAAACAGGAUCAUAUCUAAUGACAGGCCAAAAUGGUUUAAAGUAAAACAAAAGUUGGCAGAAGCCCUACUCCCACCGUGUGGGAAGAGGAAAGUGUCGCAAGCCCUGUACUUUGCUCAGGCUGCUGGAAACAUGUCCACAUAGUGCUAAAUCAUGGCUUAGCAUUGCAUAUCAACUGGACCACUUCAGGACUUUAUCAACGACUUGGAUGAUGGACUCAAGGCCAUCCUGAUCAAAUUUGCAGAUGACACCAAACUGGGAGGGGUGGCUAACACCCCAGAGGACAGGAUCACACUUCAAAACGACCUUGACAGAUUAGAGAACUGGGCCAAAACAAACAAGAUGAAUUUUAACAGGGAGAAAUGUAAAGUAUUGCACUUGGGCAAAAAAAAAAUGAGAGGCACAAAUACAAGAUGGCUGACACCGGGCUUGAGAGCAGUACAUGUGAAAAGGAUCUAGGAGUCUUGGUUGACCACAAACUGGACAUGAGCCAACAGUGUGACGCGGCAGCUAAAAAAGCCAAUGCAAUUCUGGGCUGCAUCAAUAGGAGUAUAGCAUCUAUAUCAAGGGAAGUAAUAGUGCCACUGUAUUCUGCUCUGGUCAGACCUCACCUGGAGUACUGUGUCCAGUUCUGGGCACCACAGUUCAAGAAGGACACUGACAAACUGGAACGUGUCCAGAGGGCAACCAAAAUGAUCAAAAGCCUGGAAACGAUGCCUUAUGAGGAACGGCUAAGGGAGCUGGGCAUGUUUAGCCUGGAGAAGAGGAGGUUAAGGGGUGAUAUGAUAGCCAUGUUCAAAUAUAUAAAAGGAUGUCACAUAGAGGAGGGAGAAAGGUUGUUUUCUGCUGCUCCAGAGAAGCGGACACAGAGCAAUGGAUCCAAACUACAAGAAAGAAGAUUCCACCUAAACAUUAGGAAGAACUUCCUGACAGUAAGAGCUGUUCAACAGUGGAAUUUGCUGCCAAGGAGUGUGGUGGAGUCUCCUUCUUUGGAGGUCUUUAAGCAGAGGCUUGACAACCAUAUGUCAGGAGUGCUCUGAUGGUGUUUCCUGCUUGGCAGGGGGUUGGACUCGAUGGCCCUUGUGGUCUCUUCCAACUCUAUGAUUCUAUGAUUCUAGGACAACUAGUGAGCAAGGAGACUCUGACAUCGUGAUCCUCUUAGUGGUGAAGAUACCCUGUUUUGUUUUGAGUGUUAGAUAACCCAUUUCUGCUUUCACUCAGGUCUCCAAAGAAGAAAGGCAUAUUGUUAAACCUCUCUAUGACAGAUACAGGCUUGUGAAACAAAUGUUAACUCGAGCGAGCAUUACUCCCAUCCUUGUAAGUAGUAAUCAGUGUUUCAUACAUUUCCCAACUGAUUGGUGUGUACUUGCCUCAACAAUGAGCGUUCAUCUUGCUAGAUGUCUCCCUUCUGGAUUAGCCCUUAUGCUCAAAACAGGUGUUCCCAAGCUAGGUAGUGAAACACUAGAUAGUGAAUUUUAAAAAUCCUUAAUCUUGUUUUCAUAUGGUCUCCUAGUUUUGGAUUUGCAAAUUAUUAAUGCCGUUAAAUUUUUUAGAGCUUUUCAUUUUUAAAUGUUUUGAAUAUGUAUUCAGUUUAUUUUAAAAAAUGUUUUUAUUACUUUGGUGGUUACUACCCAUGGCUACUUUGGAAGGGUAGGAUAACAAUAAUAAUCGGGUAAUGAAACUAGUUCCAACUCUCAGCAGUUCUUAAGAUGUUAUUUAGUUUCUCAGCUGUAGCAAAUGUUAAAUGUGUCUAUUUGUCUACAUUCAUCAAUAUUUGUUAUACUGACCUUUGUCUGAAAUUACUACCAUUUUUUAACAUGGUGGUCUUUCUCUAGACACACUGUAAAGCUUCCUGUGCAGUAGCUGAGAAUUGGGCAUUGGUCUGCCCUUUAUGCUGGGAACAAAUGCCUGAAGAUAAAUGUUGACUAGGGUUGAAUGUGCUGUUUAGCCAACAUAGCGCAAAAUAUAAAAUGAUGCUGUACUCAACCAAAAUGUAAGUUGAACAAAAUAAUAGAUUUCCUGUAUAUUGCGUAACAUAUUGUGACGUAUAUUUUAGGGCUCACCAUCAACCAAAAGACGAGGUCAGAUGUUACAACCUAUCAUUGAAGGAGAAACAGCCCACUUCUUUGAAGAAAUCAAGGUAUUUUAUCUAUCCAAAGACAACAGAGGUCCCACAAUGGCCUAUAGUGUACAUUUGAGUUUAACUGAAGCAUUUCACAUUAAUACACACAUCUCUACACCUCAAAUUGUAACAAAAAUGUAAGCUUGAAUGUGUGUGCAGAAUGAAUGUGUCUUUUACUGGGUUUAUGACUCAGGUAGUUGAAAUACCGUAUUUUUCGCUCUAUAACAUGCACCCGACCAUAACAUGCACGUAGUUUUUAGAGGAGUAAAACAAGAAAAAAAAUAUUCUAAACGAAACAGUGGAUGUAUGAUUUUUGUGGUUCAUGCUGUGGCCACAGACAUGUGAUCUGACAGUGAGUUUGGAGUAGCCCAAUGCAAAAAUCCUGAGGAUCCAUGCUUUGUAACCACGUUUUAAGUGGGGAGGGAAGGAAAAGCACUCAAGGGACAAGGAGCACGCGUGGGGUGGGUGGAGAAGGAUGCUGCUAAUAAUGAAGAAGAGGGGUAUAAGGGGAGAAGGAGCACGCCUGGGGUGGGUGGAGAAGGAUGCUGCUAAUAAUGCAGAAGAGGGGUUUAAGGGGAGAAGAAGCACGUGUGGGGUGGGUGGAGAAGGAUGCUGCUAAUAAUGAAGAAGAGGGGUAUAAGGGGAGAAGGCUCCUCUCCUCUUCCACUUUGCUCCUUUAAAGCAAGCAGGCUCUGCUUUUCCUCCUCCUCCCCGCUCAUCCCCGGCUUAGCGAGCUGAAAAACUUUGCUGCUAUGUAGCGAGCUGAGUGGGGAGGAGAGAGGGACAGAGAGCCUGCUUGCUUUAAAGGAACCAACCGGACAGUAGCCGCUUACACUCAUGUAAGCGGCUCCUCUCCUCUCCCGCUUUGCUCCUUUAAAGAAGCAGGCUCUCUGUCCCUCUCUCCUCCCCACUCAGCGGCUCUUCUCCCGGGUCUUCUCCCGCUUUGCUGUUUCAAAGCGAGCUAUGGAGGAGGGGAGGAAGGGGAACCAUGGAUCCUCUGCUCACGACUGCAGCAUAUCCCCCCCCCCCCGCAGGCAUUCCCUCCAUAACACGCACAGACAUUUCCCCUUACUUUCUAGGAGGAAAAAGUGAGUAUUAUGGUGCAAAAAAUACGGUACUUCAUGCAUGUUUGAACAACAAUUUUAUUAUUUUUCAGGAAGAGGAGGAAGAUGGUGAUGUGUCAUCAGAGUGCACUGAUCUCUUAAAAACUAACACCCAAACGCAGUCUAUUACUACUAGUCCAGUUGAAAACUCAGAAUCUGAUGUUGAAGAAAGUCAAGAGAAAUUGACUCGAGAGCUUCGUCUGUCAAGUACACGUGCAGCUUCCAUGUACGUAAAUGCAACCAUGUGAGCACCACACAACAAAUGUAGCUUUGUAAUCAAAACAGCUGAUAGUUAUUUUUUUAAAACACUUGUGGAUCAUGAUGGGGUGUGAGGUGGAACAGUGAAGGGUUUUCAUUUGCAAUGUCCUCCUGUAACAGGUCAGGCAAAUCAUUUUACAGUGGUACCUCGGGUUACAUACGCUUCAGGUUACAGAUUCCGCUAACCCAGAAAUAGUGCUUCAGGUUAAGAACUUUGCUUCAGGAUGAGAACAGAAAUCAUGCUCCGGCAGCGCGGCAGCAGCUGGAGGCCCCAUUAGCUAAAGUGGUGCUUCAGGUUAAGAACACUUUCAGGUUAAGUAUGGCCCUCCAGAACAAAUUAAGUACUUAACCCGAGGUACCACUGUAGUUACUUAGCUGUUUCCUCUAAGUCAGAGGAUCCUAUGGGCCAGAUUUGGCCCAGCUCUGAUCCCAGUUUGACCUGAGAGGCUGUUCUCCCAAAACCACAUCAGGUGUGGGGCAAGCAGAGGAGCAGCUGGAUCAGCUGUGUGACCAAGUUCCCCAUGGGAAAUAUCAUCACACAGCCAAUCCAUUCCCUAUGGUGAACUUGAUUGCAUAGCUGAUGACUGCAGAAAGCAGCUAUGCUAUACUCAGUGCUGCAGCCGGCUGUCAGGCACCUGGAAAAUGUUGCGCAAGGGGCAUUGAUAUUAUUGUUUUGUUGAUGGGUGGAAUACCCAUGAUGGUUUUGAUUACCCUAUGCAUUUUUUAAUAAUUUUAUAGGCCUGAAUUAUUGGAGCAACUUUGGAAAGCCAGAGCUGAAAAAAAGAAAUUGCGCAAAACUCUACGGGAAUUUGAAGAAGGGUUUUAUCAGCAGAAUGGAAGGUUAGUUGAAUAUACAAUGAUUGUAGGCCCAGAAGUUUACUCAUAAUGAAGAUGAGACAAAUACGCAAUUGUGUUUGUCGAUGAAGGCAUUAGUUAUGCUAGUAAUGUACAGUGUUGAAAAUGACAACCUAACACUGACUCAGUUCACAUGACUCUUACUAAGCCAGGAUACACUUGCUUUAUGCAAUUGCAUGCAGCCCCCUUGCCUUCUCUCUUUGUGCAAGUGGGAAAACAAGGAAUCAACGUUAACUAUAGCUUUACACUAGGUGCAAAGUGGGAACUCAGGUUUAAGACUUUCAAACAAACCAGGAUUCAUAAACCAACUUUAAACCAUAGAUUUAUACCCUGGCUUGUUUGGAAGCCAUAGCUUCUAGGUUUGGAAACACAUAGCUUCUAUGUUUACUUGCAACAGUGGGUCCCUUGAUUGGAUUUUGCAAAUGUGGCCUCCAAUGUUCAUCUAUUUUAGUAGGAUCAUCAGCCACACUAUUUGGUUUCAAUGAAUAUUUGUAUAAAUAUAGCCAAUUAAAAUAAAUUAUAAAGUUUAGUACAUGUUUCCCAUUGGAUUCUAGCCAUUUUUACCUCAGUUCAGCAAGAAAUAGGUUCUGUGAAAGAAGCUGGAGGGGGGCUUCAGAUUCAUUACACAUAAUGCUUGCCAAUCAAAUAAGUCAUUACAUUCCAUAAAGAUACUGAGAAAUGUAGCAUAAUAGAACUUCAGUAUUACUGUCAACUGCAUCUCUCAACUUUGCUAUGAUGUCAAUGCAGCCUUGUUAAACGUUAUGUACUGGAUUCAACUAAAUACCUAUACUAGUAGGGGACAGCACAAUAUAUCCCCCCCCCCCCGCCAAUCUCUGGGGAGAUUGAAAGAAGCCCCAGAACAGCAUGCAAACAGAGGAGACAGUUCGAUUAGGCAAGCAGAAAUGUUUGUGCUUACAAUGCAAUUUCAUUAGCACUAGUUUGAAUUCCACCCUAUGACAUUUUUGCACUGAUUUGGGUGGAAUGUGAACAUGUGGGCUUGGCUACUCUUACUCAUUUAAAUGGGUUUUUAACCUUUUUUAAAAAAACAACCCACAAAGUUAACUUUUUAUAGACAAUUUGUAAAACCUUAUGAGAACAGAUAAAAUGAAGUACUCACUGUUAUGAGUAGAGUGCUGCAGAUGUAUUUCCUUUUCUUGUUACUCCUUUAAAUUGUUAUCACAUGCUAUUAUUUGAUAGAAAUGUAACCUCCAUGUUUAGAAGCAAUAUAUCUCUGAUUACUAGGUUCCUUCCAUGAAUUGAUGUUUGUACUUACUUCAGAAAAUACAAGCUUUUGCCUAAAAAUGCUUAGAAUGAAGCACAGGGUCAAGGAUGACAGAUGCACCACCUCCAGUUCACCAGUAUAACAUGAAACACCUCUAGCCUGCAUGCAUCCCCAAUCUAUUUCAAACCAACAAAAUUGGUCAGAAUUGUUAAAUGUUGCAUUGGCUUUAUUUUUCCAGAAAUGUUCAGAAAGAAGAUCGUGCUCCCAUGCUUGAUGAGUACAGAGAGUACAAGAAAGUUAAAGCCAAACUGCGGCUUCUUGAAGUCCUUAUCAGCAAACAAGAUUCUUCAAAAUAA